UCAUGAAACUCUCAAUCUACCCUACGGGCCGUGGAUAUGAAUGUUGGAUUACGUAACUUGGUAGCAUGAUGCACGUGCACCGUAAGCUCUCCGAUCAACAUAUGAAACCGGGCAGGCAACAGUCAAGACCAUUUUUCUUUUUCCUCUUUCAUCAUCACAUUUCACUGAGGAGCAACAAUGCAGGCCUAUUCAGAGCCAGAUCAGGACCCAGGACUAGGGCAGUCGGAGUCGCUGGAAGCAGAAGGAGAAGAACAGUUUCUUUCACCGCAUCAGUGGUCGGACUUUUACCACAUAGACACUCCAUCCUCGCCAGGUUCACCUACAUGGUCACCAACUUCGCCAUGCUACUGGUGGCCAGAUGAGGCGGACGAUUCUCUGCCUCAUUGGAGAGACCAUGUGAACGAGAUACCGUUGUUACCUGGUCCACGGCCUCGUGCCCUUACGCCAUUAGGCUUCCGGGAUGAAGACCCCAAUGAGGUGAUUCAGCGACCUGUUGCGCUUUUCCAAAAGUCACCAUGGUUUAAGCUUCCUCCCAAUAUUCGACGAGACAUUCUGCGACUGGCCUUUGGUGAUCGCCGUCUUCAUAUGAGUUUAUCCUUUCGAGAGGGGCAUACGUCUGAUGACGAGAAGGUCGAGUCCUGGCAGUGGUUUGGCUCCGUUUGCCACCGGGGAGAGAUGCCCAGGCAACCAGAAAAUACCGGGGAACAGCAGAAGUUUUGGGAAGAUGAUUGCAAGCAUGGCGAUGUUGAACCCCAGAAGAUUGGUGUGAUGAGCUGGCUCCUAUCAUGUCGUCAAAAUUACGCUGAAAUGAUUGACCUGUUGUACUCGAGCAACACAAUUGCCAUGUCUGGCGAGGCGACGAUAUCGCACGUCAUGCAGCUGUUGCUCCCUCAGAGGCUCACUGCGAUCACUUCUCUCGAGAUCAGGUGGCCUCUUGAGAGAGAGAAUGAAGCUUGUGCUGGACACCACGACGUUCACACGAACGCCAUACGCAGGCUACUUCAUCCUUUCCAGCUAAAGGUGGAUCAGUUGAGUGUCGUUCUGGAUACACUGUCACACACAAACUUCCCCAACCUUGUGAGACUAUGCAUAUCGUUUGAGAAGGAGUACGGUCAGCGUGGUAUCUCCAACCCCGAGGCGCACGAUGUAAUUAUCAACAAACUGCUACAAUUCGUCAAGAACAGGCCGAAGUUCCAGGAGUGUGCUUUCGCGCUACCAGAAAACAUUUUCGACACUAUCACUAAAGAUAUUCGACCUGUGGACUCCGAUUCGGAGGAGGUUCGAAGAUCUUGUAAGCAGGUCUGGUGUGCUUCCGAUGGGAAUCUGCAUACCAUACUUGCCCCCUUUGUAAAUACUUAUCCCGAUCCUCCGCCGUAUUUGGAGAACAGUGAAGAUGCUGGCUUCUGGUUGUUAAGGAUGAACUAGACUAGCUAGAUAGGGUUGGAUUUCCAUCAAAAGACGUCUCGGCUAGGCAGCCAUGAUGUCUUAAAUUUGUGUGACAUCAUCGCGGGCUUCAAAUCAAAUACCAAUAAACUACAUCGGCGAGGAUUCCGGGACACGAGAAUGGAUUGAAUGAGAAUGACCAUUUAAUUCUACGGUAUCACUUUGUGGAAUCACUUGUGUAACGCCCAGUCCUGUUUUGCUCACUGCUCAAAGCCAACUGCCCCUCUUUUCUAGUGCUUCUCUGCACAUUCA